CAUGUGUGAUAUUUGUGCGGAUUUUUCGGAACUGCUUAACAAUUUUUCAGAUCAUGAUAAGAUAAAUAGGUUGGAUGGAAGUGAUUUACCCCUGCUGAAAAAGAAGGAGAUUGAACAUGUCUUCACCUUCAUUCAUACUUGGAUUCAGAGACAAUGUUUUUGCUGUUUCCGGGAUCCAAAGAACUAUGAGAAAUUUCACCUGAUAACCCAAAGUAUUAUAUUGUUGGUUGUGAAACAGUUGAAAGCCUACAAGGGCCAAGAUGUGAUAGAAUCGGACACUUCACAGAAUGAAGAAGUAAAGAAAGGUGGAAAAGAUGGUGGAAGCGAAGUGAAAAUUGUUGAAGUUACAGAUGAAAAAAAUGCUUCUGAUGAAGAAAAAGAUAAAGGCAAGGAGGAAAACAAUGAUAAAAGCAAAACACCAGUGAUUGAAGAAGAGAAGAAAGAUGUUUGGACAAUCCAGGACAUGGAGAAGUUACUGCACUUCCUGUCGAAGGUGUUCCUACUCAACUUCCCGCUGUACGCUGCAUACAAGCAGAGUCUCCAAACUAAAAUGGAGGAGCUGACGCAGCAAGAGGUCACUGUAUUGAGCAAUUUCUGUGAUGUCCACGAUCUUGAGAUACCCAUCCACCUGUUACGCAAUGUCUGUCUGUUCUGCAGGAGCGGGGGUGUGGAAGCCAUGACAGCAUGUUUUGAACAUCAGACUCUGCCAUUACCAGUGGCACAUGCCAUCAUUUCUGUGGUGUGCAACCUGAAACUGUGGCUCAACUUCCGCUCGAUUAUGCAACUCUUCAUCCCUCUACGCUCAAAGGUGUUGCGUUACAUGUGCAAUAUGGCGGACAAGGACUUGCGUUCACAGGGCAUUAAGGCUAUGGCAGAUUUCAUGUGGAGUGCUGUGAAGGAUCCCAUGGACUCACCGGUGCAGUUCGACCGUGACGGACUGGACCUGGCAUUCAAAUACUUUACAUCGUCGACACUCACCAUGCGACUGGCAGGAGUUUCACAGAUCAACUCCCACAUCAACAUGUUCAAUGAGAUGUGCAACAGUGAGAACAUCAUGGAGGUGGAGAAUGUGGGGCAGAGUUUAGCCGCUUGGCUCAUUGAUAACAACAUCAUCUCACACAUUUUUGGACCCAACUUGCACGUCGAGGUUAUCAAGCAGAGCCAUGUGAUCCUCAGUUUCCUGGCAAUGGAGUGUAAGAUAACCAAUGAACACAUUGACGUGAUCUGGCAGGCCGCACAGCUCAAACACUGCAGCAAGCAGGUUCAUGACUUACUGCCUCCACUGAUCAAGAACCUAGAAGCCGGACCUGUGCUACACCUCUACCAUCUUCUCUGCAAGCUAGAGCCGAAAGAUCACACAGAGCAAAGUCUCUAUCUGGCCUCAACUAUCAUAAAGUUCCUAUGGUCAAGCAAUGGAUCGUACAAUGGACUAGGUGAGCCUCCUGGUAGCUUCGUCUGUCUCACAGGAUAUGCAAAGGCAACCCAACGUCAAAUGAGCAGCUCUGACAACAGCAACUCAGAGGGUGACACAUCUGAGGGUCACAAGAGUGACAGUGAUGGUAGUGAUGGCCCAACCCCUCGGAAACGACAGAAACAGAGGAAAGCUGCUGUCGGUGAAGAGGAUAGUAGCGAUGCUGAAAGUAUAAAGGUAGAAGAUUUAGAUGAAGAUGAAGCAUCAGCCAAUAAAGAAACAGCUGGGAAAGGAAGCUCUCCUUCUGUCAGGCGGGUGAAGCGAAAAAUUUCAGGGAGGACUCCACAUGAUCCUAAACUGACGAAGCAGAAUGUUAAGCACGACAAGGCUGAGUUAGGCUCAUCAAAUGCAAUACGAGAAAGAAUGAAACUACAUAGGCAACAGAAGGCAAUCAGAGAGAAAAUGAAAGCCAUGGACCACCAACAUCAAAAGGACGAGAACAGCAACUCAGUGAAAAUGGACGAAUGCUCAGAAGAAGAGGAAGAUGAGGAGGAGGAAGACGAGGAUGAGGAAAGUGAGAGCGAGGAGGAGGGAGUCAUGAUGGCAAGUCGACUGGCACUUGAUCCAGAGGCUGUCAAGGUGGUCACAGACCAGGAAGUGCCCAACUUAAUGCUCAGACAAGGGUCAGACUAUAUCCAGCUGGUGAGCAGACAGUCACCAGACUGUGGACAAACAGCUGUCAUGACAGAACUGGCCAGCCUGGUGCAGAACGCCCCUCACUGUCGUCCCUUUAUCACCACCUCAUUCCAGCCCAAUGCUCAUGAAAUGAUGGAGGAAAUUUUGAGUGUGGAGGAUGGUGAUGGGGAUGGAAGCUUAUCUUCAAGGAUGAGCAACAAGUCAGAGAAGAACAUGGCUGACUUUGAUGGAGAGGAGUCUGGAUGUGAUGAGGAACUCGCACAGUUUGCUGCUAGAGCACAGAUGUUACAAGCCCACCUGACACCUCAGCAGCUGGGACAAAUGGCCAGGAUGCACGCCAAUAAGGUGGCACUCCACCACUUGGCCCCUGUCUUGUCACAGUUCAACCUGGAGAAUGUGUGCAAGCCUGGUAAACCACGUUGCUCUGGGAUCUGCUACAGGAUGAUAAGAUU